AGCACAUUCUUCCAACACAAUUUAUUCCUAUUUAUAUUGCAAGAAAAAGCUGUUCAAAAUGAAAGCGAUGCAUAUGGAGCAAAAGUAUCAACUAGCGGACAAUUUUAUCAAUUUCAAUUAUCUACUCAAAUUUAAACUGGGUCCAGAAGAUGUUCGAGCAAAAGGAGCAUUUUCCACGAUUUUUGAAAGCACUAUGCUCGAUUGGGAUCUUCAACUCCACAAACAAUUUGCUGGACACAUCCUUCACUCGCGUGAAUCUAAUUGGGUAAUCUCGCUGAAUGGAUCAGGAGUCCGUGAUUCAUACCCACCACUUCACAAACUAUACUUUAAAGUGAAAGCGAUGGGUUCCGAUGGAAGUAUUAAGAAGAGUCUCAAGUACUUUAUCGAUGGACUUCCAAUUGCUCCGGCUGAACGAAGAGGUCGAAUGGAUCAUAGAUCUUAUACAACUCUACAGAAUACCCAAUUCGAAAGAGAUUUAUCGACGUUGAUAGCUGAAGCAAAGAAGAAAGCGCAGACGAUUCAAUUGGAAACUCGGUUGGAGUUUAAGAAAAAUGAUUUGGUGGAUAUGAAGUAUUUGUUGGGAAAUGGUGCACCGAAUAUGCCAGAUUCAUUGGAUUAUUAUUUCGAUGCAAUCACUAAUAAAUCUCGUCAUGAUUUGAAGCUGAAGACAUCCGAUGGCAUGCACUUUGUGAUGACGAAUAAGGAAAUUGUCUGUCUGGCAUCUCAAUUCUUCCGUCAGCAUUUGAAGGACACAACUACCGAGUACACAGUUGGAAGAGCUGAUUCUGUGCAGAGCAUUGACAUUUGUCUCACCUACAUGAUCACUGGUAUCUACAAAAAACCUGCUCUACUUUCUCCAAAACUCGCUUUCGAGAUAUUUGCUUUGGCUAUGCAAUGGAAGGUUUUCGAGCCAAAAGUUCUAAAAAACUCGAUCGAAAAGCAUUGCUGUGAGGAGUUGCAGAAGAACUAUGAAGAUAUCAUGUACGUGUGCAAUAUGCUUAUCAUCGCCGAUGACGCUCAAUUUGCAAACGUUCAAAACUGCUGCAUCGCCACUCUUGUCUUCUAUCACGCCCACGACUUCAUUCGGAUUUUCGUUAUUGGGAAUCACCCACUGAAAGAACGAUUCUCCCGACGUCAAGAGUUCCUGAGGCCAUCACUGACGAUGCAAGUGAAGAGAGCAUUUGCUGCGUCGAAUGAGUCAAAGUGUUUCAUCAAGUUCCUUCCGGCCAUCGGAGAAGAUUAACUUUGAAUAAAGGGUUUUAUUGGGAACUUUUUUGCCACAUUUAUUCCUUUUAAACUUCAAUAAAGUUCUAGUGGUCGACA